CUCCCAUAAGCAGCAAAUCAUCAUUACAAAGCUGACUGAAGGUUGUCGCGAAUUGCUCAGUGUUACGGACGGCUUACCAGGGGAAAGAUAAACUUCUGCUUUAGAAACAUUCCCUUCAUUAAAUGCGUGUAUCCUCUGUGGUAUUUGACGAUUAUGGUCUCAGUAUAAUUUGAUUCAAUGACGGCGGUGCCAAUGAUGUCUGCACACGGUCAAGCAGGAAAUUGGGGGGACAGCUUAAAGUGCUUCAAAGUGGUUCUUCUUGGAGAUGUAAGCGUUGGUAAGACUUCGCUGAUAAGAGCCCUUAAAAAUGAACAAGAACAAUGGGAACUGCCCAGAGAGUACAGAGCAACCGCAGGAGCCUGGGUAACAUACGUUGACAUGGCAAAUACACGCAGGCUUCUUAUUACUGACACUUCUGGAAAGCGGGAAUAUGCCUCUCUUGUUAAUUUAUACUUAAGACAUCUGCAUUGUAUUGUUUUGGUGUUUGCUCUUGAUGAGCCCUCGAGCUUCGCGCGACUCAAGAAUUACUGGUAUCGAGAGUUUAUUCAUAGCUUCAAAGGUGACGCUUCACAAGUAUCAAAGUUUGUCGUCGGCACCAAGACUGAUGUAGCACCGCAUAGCUUCACACUACAAACAGAAGCAACAUCUUUUUCUGAAGAAAUUGGAGCAGAGAUUUGGAUCACCUCAGCACUCACAUUAUUCAACACUUACGAAUUGUUUAACCGAGUCGCGGAGAAGGCAAGCACCUUGGUUACAGGUGGGAUAAAUCCGGUUGAUGUCCAAGAUUGCUCAUCAAGUUUCGGUGACCACCUUCUGGACGACAUGUUCCUUGGUGAAGGAGCCCUUGUGAGGUACCCUGAUCCAGUCCUUUUAGAAACUGAAGAAGAGAUUACAGAUCUUCAGUUGUGUCAUCAGUGUGUAACUAUGACGGGGAAGAGUAGGAAAUUCACCUGGGGGACUUGGUCAGAGGAAUGCGCAAAGGAGGCUGUGUUCAAGCAGGAGAUUUCGAGGCAUCCAGACAGGACAUCGAACAAGCUUUGGGCCUGUGUAAUGGCUAACGCAACACCUAGCACUUGGCAGUACGAAAACUUAGAGGGUUUGAUACAUUACGGAACUAAUGUUAGAAGACAACCCACAAAGACAGAGUUCAAGAACAUAAAAAAGCUUCUCUUCACUUCACGUGACCAGAUGAACUGCGAAAGGGAACACGGCCUUUUUUACAUGUUACUUCAGUCAGAAGACGGUAGAAUAUCAGAGGUUGGCCUCAACUCUGUCUUUACCAGAUUGACCAAGGGAAUUUCAUCCGAGAAAGAAGUUAUCCUGAAAAAAUUCUACUUCAAGCCAAUACCACUCUCUGAAAGGGUGGCUUGCAUAGACAUGUCCAUUACUCAUGCGGCCGCCAUUGAGGAAGGCGCAACAACAGUUACCAACUGGGGCCAUGUAGAUACUGCUGUACUCGGUCUUGAUAAGGAAGACUCACUAUAUCAUCUUGAUGUAUAUGUUCCAUCAUCAGUAUUAUCAAUAGACUGCCAAGUGAAACAAGUUACUUGUGGUUCAGCUUUCACUUUGAUGUUGAGCUCAGAAGGAAAAGUCUUCUCUUGUGGAUCGGGUGCUUUAGGAAAGUUAGGACAUGGAGACGAAAUGGACAAAUCAUUGCCCACAUUGAUUGAAUCGUUAAAGGAUAUCCAGGCUAUUGCUGCAGGAGGUGACCACGCGGUUGCAUUAAACAAAAGAGGCGCUAUUUACCAGUGGGGACUGGAUUGUGCUGAUGUAGAAAGAGGAGAGUUCUUUUCAAAACCCAAAAAAGUAAGCAACCUCUUCAACGUGGCUGUGAAGUCGGUGGUGUGUGGCACUUUUCACACUGUUUGCUUGGCGAACGGAAUAUACUACACCGGUAUCGGGUAUGCAUGGGGACUAGGUUCCGAUGGUCAGCUAGGCCUGGGUCAUCGCCGAUGCCUUUCUGCCCCUAAAUUGAUUGGUGAACUUUAUGACAAUAGUAAAUUUGUAAAGCAAGUAUCAGCUGGGAGGAAACACUCUGGGUUUUUAACCGUUGACGGAGAAGUGUACACUUGUGGAAACAAUGCCUUUGGACAGCUGGGUUACUUUACUGUCUCUGAAUGUAGCGAUGUCCCACGAAAGGUGUCCCUUGGAAAGAAUGUCUCAGGAGACGAAAUGAGAGCGGAAGAACUGUGCUGUAGUGAAGACUACACCAUGGUUCGAACCACUGGUGGAGAUGUAAUGAUAUGGGGAAAAUGCCAAUAUGGGGCUAAGUUGAAAGAUCCAAUACCUUUUGAUGUGAAUAAUGAAGCCGCCUCUGACCCUGCUGCCGCUGAUGAGGCGGUAAGCAUCAGAGAUGUCACCACGUGUUAUGUGCCAUGUGAAAAAUCCUUUAUCGAGCUGGUAGUAGCGCUGAAUGGCACCGGUAAUCUGAUAUUUUGCGCAGGAAUCUCUUCCAAGUUUGAUUGCCAGGCCAUGCAUGAUUGCAUACUACAGAUUCAAUGCAACACGAUCGACUUGACCACUCUUCGCGCGGUGGGCUCAGUUCUGGUCAGCAUGGAUAGGCAAGGAAAAGUGUAUUAUGUCGACGUCUGGAGGUGGUUGUUGCAACAUUUUUCUCUUGAACCUCAAGAAAAUACAGUUCCUGAAGACCUCAUACGUUCCCUUUUCUCUCAGUUGAAAGAGUCAGAAACUGAUAGAUCACCGGAAGUUGAUUUCACUACCGUCCCUUUUCAUGGUGACACUAUAAUGGCAGUGGAAGCAAGUCUCAAUACAUUUCUAUUUUGCACUACCAUUGGAGAUGUGUACAGUUGGUCGCCGAUGGCAGGCAAGGAUGUUGUGUGGCAUAAGGAAUUGAACUGUGAAAUAAUUGUACAAAUCGCUUGUGGUGCGGACCACCUAGCUGCCUUAUCCGACAGAGGAACUCUCUUCACGUCUGGAGAGAAUAAUUCAGGCCAGCUGGGAAGUGGUACAUUCCAAUCCUCCCGGACUUUUCAGUUUGUUCCAAUAACAGAGUUUGACAGGAUUCAAGCUAUAUGUUGUGGAUGGGCGAGCACAUCUGUUCUCACAGAAAAUGGCAAGGUUUAUUUCUGGGGUCAGCUAGAUUUACCAAAGGGGGAAAAAACAAGGAAAAAGCUCCUGAGUGUCACUGCCUCAGCGCAAGCCAUGGACAUUCCGAAGCUGCUGAAGGAGACGCAGUGCAGAUCUUCUCCUGCCGGGUACAAAUUGGAAAUCAUUGGCGACGUUGGAAUCGCAGACAAUCACCUUGCUGUGGUUGGCAGAUUGUUUGAAGUGGAAAUUUCCAAAAGAUAUAAAAGCUCACACGGCAGUACUUGCAUGGAAUUUCGAGCCGAGAUAAUUAACUGUCAAGACCCCCUAAGACGUGUUCAUUCCAAGGGAAAGAUAAAGCAGUCACUUAGUGCGGAUGAGGUGUACAUUGCUUCCAUGGUUUUCUAUUCUGAAGGAUCUUUCAAGGUCUCUAUAACAAGAAAUGGAAAGAAUCUCUUUGGGAGUCCGUUUAAAGUCACAACAGAAAAAAGCGUUUCGUCGAAGAGAAUUAAACUGUCGCUGAUUAGUUCAGACACUGAGUGUAUGAGAGAAGUUGGUGGGGUCCUUCAGAAAGUCAUUGGCCCAUAUGAAUCAUGGAUUCAAUUGACGGGGGUUCCAGCCAUCAACACAGAUUUAUUGACACAGGAAGUAUUUAUGAUGACUUCGAUGACUGACAGUGGAAUUUACGUCUACGUAUGGGACGCCUGCAACGGAAACCUGCCUGAGGAGAACCUCAACUUCUGGUUGCACUUACUGUCAGAACAUGCAUCUUCCGCCGAUGUAAUCCUUUUGGCUAUAAAUGUCAGUACUACACAUGCAAAUGACAUCGACUUAACGCCAUUCCAGAAAGUUAAUCCAAAGAUAAAGGGAUCCAUUCUCGUUGGGACCACCUUUGCUUCAGAACCAAGCGAGCUGUUAGAGGAAUUACUGUUGGUACUAAGUGAAUCAAACUGCCACCAAAGUCCCGUCUGGUACAGAUUAGAAAGUUUGGCUUCAAAAGCCCUUGAGCUGAAGAGGAAAGGAAUUGAGCAUCUUGAUUAUUCUACUUUUAAGAGUCUAGCCAGUGAGUGUGGCAUCCAGGGGGAUCAUCUAUGCAGAAAAGCUGCCAACUACCUUGAGUGCACAGGAUUGGGUAUCUUAAUUGGAGCAGAUUCGGUUUUCUUAGUUCUCCGACCCCAUUGGCUUGAAAGGCAGCUCACCGAACUAGUGAGGCCCAGUCACUUCGGGAGCCUAAGCAGGGAAGCCUUAGACUCGACAAAACAACACAUUGUCAACUUUUUAAUUGAAAAGCGAGUGGCUGUUGAGACAAGAGAUGGAGGUGCAGUUUACAUUAUUCCGCACCUGACUUCAAAAUCUAUCACAGAAAAGAAUUGGCCUCCGGUAGAGGAGUCCAAAUACACCAUCUACAGACAUUUGGUGUUUAAGGUGCCGCCUUAUCUUGUCUAUUCCAAUUUCCAUGACCUCGUUGCAAACAUUCUGCAAGAAUAUAGUCAAGUGAUUGUGGGGAAAUAUUCUCUGGUUAUCUACGUGGACGAUCAGUAUGACUGUCGUAUUGACUGCGGGCCUUGUUUUGUCAACAAAACUGUCAUGGAGGUAAGAGUGACAGUGCGGGCACACAGCCAAGAUGUCUGCAGGGCAGGUGCAGAAGCAACAGUACGUUUCAUGAAAACAUGCCUUGCGAAUUUACCUGGCUUUUGUGAGAUCAAGGUGUCUUGUAGUGCCUGUCAGCAACAUUAUUUUGAUUUGUCCUUUCUACAAGAGGAAACAGCACGUGGCGUGGACAGGUGUCAUUGUGAAAGAUGUUAUGACAAAAAAUCUACCAUCAGUGACAUGUUAAAUGGAUUCAAAGAUACGCAGUUGAUUCCAGUUUUGGAAUGGCAUUCUUUAAAUGGAACCGCAGGUGACCCGUACCGUAAGCUUAAUGAUCCUAACACUCUGACGCGUCCCCUGAUGAAGUACCUUGGUGAUCGCGUUGACAAACAUGAAGCAAAACUGCUGAGAGAGAUCAGAGAAAGGAUUAACGACUUGACAAAAGUCUUCAUGGACAUGAAAAAUUACGAUGUUCCACGAACCAUUUGCCUUCUGCCAGAAUUCCGGAAUCGCUCCUCUGUUUUGAAAUUGAACGCGAUAAAAAAGCUUCUCACCUUUGGUCAGCCAAAAUAUCGGUUGUUUCUGCUUUGUGAAGGAAACGGAGACGGUAGUGGGGUACAUUUUCUGGACUCCAGCAAGCAUGAAGGAUACAGACUAGAGAGUAUGGUAGCUGCUGAUCUCAUCAAGAAAAGCGUUAAUUUUUUGCGCUUUUCUUUGCAGCUUCUCAUCAACAUUUCCUCUGUGGCGAGCAUCGCUGCAACCCUCUUUGAUGUGGAAGAAACUCUGAACACUGUCCUGGGCACAAUAGGCCUUGGUGGAGCUGUGCUUUCUGGAGUUCGAUGGAAGAAUGUCUUCAAAGAGAUGGACGGUUUCCUCAAGACUGUUGAGGAAUCAUCGGGUUCCAUUCCGCAACCCAAAGGGCUAACUGGCGUAUCAGGUGCAUUCCGCGGCUAUCAACUGGGUGGUGAACAUUAUGAAUACUUGCGAGAAGUUCUGUUAAAGCUAGGAACCAAAGACAACUUCGGCGGGUUGCGACAGGAAUAUCGCGAAGGGUUUGGCGUCAUUUGGGUAUGUGAAAAGCACAGAAAGAACAGCAAAGACACCAAAGUCUUUCACAUCAUGCCGUGAGACAACGAUUAAUCAAGUCAACUACGUCAUGAUAAUGUAUGAAGUAACUUAUGUUUAACUUGUGAAUAUCGAUGAUGAAUGUCGAAUUGGAUGUUACCGAAAACUUGCAGUGAAGGUAAUUACAGAAAGUAAAGUUCUAUCCUAAAAUUGUGGCUUUAUGGCUCAGUUGGUAAUAGCGUCCAGAACGUAGUGGUAGGACUCGGAGGCACAACAAUCCUAAAUUGAUAUUUUCAAGCUUUAUUUUCUGCGAUCAGUUCAAUUGCAGCUAAGCUGUAAGAAAUAUAAUUUAAGACGAAACUUUUCACGCCUUUCUACAGCUCUAUUACUCCAGAACUUCUUUUUGAGUCGUCUUCUAUAUGUUAAGAAUGCAUCCCACGAUUCGUAAACAGUGUGUGAUAACCCAAUUGGUCCAUUUUGUGGUCAAGAACAGAAGAACUGGACAUUCCUGCACAAGAACUGAAACUUGAAUGUAACUUGCCCUACUAGGUAAACCGUGCAAAUUCAACCAAAGAUUCUUUUAUGUUUUUCGACCUCAAAACCGUAAACCCUUUCAGAGGAGCAAUAAUCGAGAGCCCUUAAGCGCCGAUACAAUUUAAUGAUAGCUCCUUGUAAACAAUUUAUGACUAGGACUAGCUGAUUAGAGGGCACAGGUGAACUAUAGCUCGCUGGGACAAGUUCAAAUAUACGAUAUUAAUAUAUUUU